UCAGGUAUGGAGUUUUAUUGAAUGAAAGCUUACGGCUUGUUUUUUUCUAAAUAAUAAUACCUGCUGGAACAUUGUAUAUUGUGCUGAAACAACAUAACCAAAAACUUAUCAUUGCAUUUUUAUUUUACAUUUCUUUUAAAUUAUUAUUAUUAUUUCAAGUUUUCGAAAACGUUUAUAAAGAAAUUAACGAACAAUUCCCUUUUGUGUAUAAUAUUUCCAAGUUAAAGUAAUAUCAUAACAGUGUUGUAAUUAAAUUAACAUAUAUUUUUAGCACCAGGAUUAACUAUGUGCUUUAAAAAACAUUAUAUCACCUGAAUUUCUUGAAGAGUUUGCCUUAUAGAACUAUGCAAACAACAAAAUCAACAUGGCAAGCUGGUCGAAAAAACGUCGUUUGGACAGUGAUUUUGAUUUGAAAAUAACGCCAACAAAUUUACAUAAAGAGAUGUUUUGUUGGGGAAGUACCGUACAUGGAGAACUUGGACUCGGUGGAAUUGAAGAAGAAAAUAUUCUUUCACCACGAGCAGUUGAUUUUAUCAAAGCACCAGAAGUCGAACAAAUUGCCUGUGGUGAAAAUUACACAAUAGUCAUUACUCGAGAUGGACAAAUUUAUUCAUGUGGAAAUAAUGACUCUGGACAGUUGGGACACGAAAAAGACUGGCAAAAACGAUUAGAAUUAAUACCAGGAUUAGAUGCUUUCGUUUUCAAAAAGGUUGCAUGUGGAGCUUAUCAUAAUUUGGUGGUGAACGAAUGGGGUCAACUUUUUUGUUGGGGUUGCAAUACAGAUGGGCAAUUAGGUUUAGAUUCGACAUCAAUUGGCGAGGGUUACCCUCGAAUAUUAAAAGCUCUAGGAACUAGUGUAGUUGUUCAAAUAGCAUGUGGUUUGAAGCAUGCAUUGGCUCUAACAAAUAAUGGCGAAUUAUAUUCCUGGGGUUCGAACAAGGAGGGCCAAUUGGGUCUUGGUCCUAAUAUUAAAAAAGAGCUCAAACCCAAAUUAAUUUCUAGUCUAGUUGGAAUUCCGAUUGCUUUCAUAGCUUGCGGUGGAUAUCAUUGUAUAGUCGUAUCAAAAUCAGGGGCAAUUUUUGGUUGGGGCAGGAACAAUUUUGGUCAACUAGGAUUAAAUGAUACUCAAGGAAGACUUCUUCCAUCACAGUUAAGAACGCUAAGAAAUUCAAAAGUUCGAUACGUAUCAUGCGGCGAAGAGUUUUCAGUGUUUUUAACAAUGGACGGUGGCGUGUUUACAUGUGGCGCUGGAAUGUACGGUCAACUCGGUCACGGGAGUUAUAGCAACGAAAUUUUACCACGACAAGUCGCUGAACUAAUGGGCAGUGUUGUCACUCAAGUGACUUGUGGUAGAAAACAUACACUUGCCUUCGUUCCAAGAGGAGGGAGAGCUUACGCUUGGGGUUUAGGUGGUGCUGGACAAUUGGGAAUUCGUAUUGCAAAAAGUGUCACGACACCACAAGUUAUUCUUGGUCCAUGGCUAUCGUCACAAGAUGUUUAUAGCAGUAAAGUUGAACCUUCUCUUAGUCCUUACGCGAAAAAUUGUACCCUCAAGCAUAUCUUUAGCGGUGGCAGUGGAAAUCAUUGUUUUGCCACGGUCACACAAAUAAAGGAUAAUAUUGAGGCCGAUGAUUGCAGAAUAUUAGCACCAAGCUCACAAAUUCUGACCGUGACUGAAGAGCAAUUAAUUGCUUGUCAAAAAGUUCCAUUUGGCGCUUCUGUUGAUCAUGAUCUUCUCACGUAUCUAGAAACUGUGUUCAGAAGUUUAGCUUGCAUCAAUGCAUCUUUUUUUCUUGCGAACGAUGCGCACUAUGGUUGUUCCAGUAAACAUCACGGCAUUGAUAUUAAUCAAGCGAAGAAAUUAUUUGGAAUCAUUUCCGAAUUAGAUAACGUUACUAUUAAAGAAUUGAUUUCGAGUUGUAUUUUGGAUCUUUUAAAAUGUCUGGUACCAUCGCCACCGGACGUUGAAACACUGAGAAUUUAUGUUGUAUUACCUCUUUAUCAUGGAUUUGCGGAUUCCACGAAUUGUGAUACUCUUCAUAAACCGUUUACAAAAGCAGUUCUUGAUUUAAAACACGAGGCAAAGAAAAUUGUUGGUCUCUGGUGGAGAAGUACGCCGGCAAUUUAUUUUGAACGACUUGUACGAAUCUAUAAAGCAGUGGUGCAAAAUUUUUUGAAACAGACAAAAAUUACUGAAAACAAGCCAAUUCCUCAAGACUACAUGUUGAAGCUCUCACUGACAAUGCUAAAAUUUCUCUACGAUCUGAAUCAGAAUUCAGAAGGUCAACGCGUGUCGUACGAUGUAUUCCAUUUGCCAGAUUUAGUGAAUCUUAUAAAUAUUCAAUUGGAUUAUUACAUAUGGUUAACUGACAAUAGUCAAAUGCACAGAAUACAUUUAUGUGAUUAUCCAUUUCUCUUCGAUGCGGAAGCGAAGACUAUUUUACUUGAAACGGAUCAAGCUAUUCAGAUGCAAUCAGCAAUGAAUGAGGCAGCCACUAGGAAUAUUACGCGCAUGUUUUUAAACAUGUUCUCAGCUUCUGGUCAUGUUCAACAAUUUGUCAUGCUUAAUGUUUCCCGAGAAAAUUUAGUUGAUGAUACAUUGAGAGAAUUAUCUCAGUAUGAGUCGAGUGAUUUAAAAAAACCGCUUAGAGUGAAAUUUCACGGAGAAGAGGCGGAAGAUGCUGGUGGCGUAAAGAAAGAAUUUUUCAUGCUUCUUUUAAAGGAAAUAUUAGAUCCAAAAUAUGGAAUGUUCAGGGAAUAUGAGGAAACGAGAACAAUUUGGUUCAAUGAAUAUACAUUCGAGGAUGUAAAAAUGUACUUUCUGAUUGGAUUACUUUGUGGCCUCGUUAUCUAUAAUUUCAUCAUAAUCGACUUGCCGUUUCCUUUAGCACUUUACAAGAAGCUUUUAAACGAGCCCGUCGAUAUUAAUGACAUCAAGGAUAUGGAUCCAAUUUGCGCCAAGAGUUUCCAAGAUAUUUUAAAUUAUACAGAAAGUGAUUUCGAAGACGUUUUUUGCCUCAAUUUCGAAAUUACCAGAGAAGUUUAUGGGGAGAAUAAGAUUUACGAAUUAAUACCUGGUGGAAGUAAAGUUCCUGUUACUCUAGAAAAUAAGAAACAAUACGUGGAUCUGAUGAUAGAUUAUAUUUUGAAUAAAUCGGUGGAGAAUCAGUUUGAGGAAUUCAAUAAAGGUUUUCAUAAAGUUUGUGGAGGUCGUGUAUUGCAAUUAUUUCACAGUCAUGAACUGAUGGCUGUAGUUGUUGGUAAUGAAAAUUACGAUUGGGAAGAGCUGGAAAAAAAUGCCAGCUAUAAGGAAGGCUAUACGAAGAACGAUCCAACUAUUGUUUCCUUUUGGAAAAUUUUUCAUGAAUUGCCACUAGAAGAGAAGAGGAAAUUUCUACUCUUUUUAACCGGCAGCGAUCGAAUUCCCAUUCAAGGAAUGAAAGCUAUAAGGAUAACGAUUCAGCCAAUGACAGACGAAAGAUUCCUUCCUGUUGCUCAUACUUGUUUUAAUCUUUUAGAUUUGCCACGAUAUCAAACUCGAGAGAAAUUACGAUAUAAAUUGUUGCAAGCUAUUCAGCAAACGCAGGGUUUUUCUUUAGUUUGAAAUUAAUAAAAAAACGUUUUGAAAAUGAAUUAAUAAUGAAAUUGACAGCUAAAAUAUAUUAAAAAGAAACUAAAUUUUUUUUAAAAAUAUUGACAUUAUUAAUAAUCUGAUUUAAAGAUUGGUGGGAAAUUAUUUUUAUUUAAGAUGCGGAAAUCUAACUUUUUUAAUAAACGAAUUAAACUAUUUUUUUUUAAUUACGAAAAAGAAAACUCAGGGAAUCGUCAUUUGGAAACGUCUAAAUAAUGAACAUAUGCAGAAUUAUGACUUUAUUGUAAAAAGAAUAUUGUACAAAGAUUUUUGCCGAUAAGCAUUUAUUAAUUAUUUAUUGCUGAUGAUAAAUAUUUUACUUUUUACUAUUCUCUUUAUAAAAUUUAGUCAAAUACGAUUGUUAAAUAUAUAAAUACAAAUCUAUUUAUCAUGAUGAAGGAAAGAGGAAAGAAUAUUUAAUUUUUGGACGUAUGUAUUUAAUAAAUAAAAGUAACGUAUAGUUUAAAAAUGAA